AUGAACCAGCUCUCCAGCAACGGCAUACCAGUAGAGGAGUUCCAACGCGCACUCGCCCAAUGCGAAGCCGAGGCUGCCUUCUAUCGCCAGCUCCUUGGCAACGUUGACUCUGCCCAACCCACCACCUCACUCGAUCACUUCACUGCCUCUGGCCCCUCUUCCAAGAACAGAAAUGCCACCGGUUUGGCGGCAGCCGCAAUCCCACGAAGCCGUUCAAACAUGGGCCCCUCUGCAAUGGAUGCCGCCGUGACACAGCAACCCAGGAGCGGUUCAAAAUGGUCCGGGACUGCCCACCGAAGGAGAGCCUACUCGCAGCAGCACCAUCCGGCUCAAGCCAUGAGCCGAAGCGCGUCCAGCCGAUCCGAUCAGAGCAUCUCGCUGCAGCCUCAGGUUGCUGCGUCGUCGUCACUCGGAAUCUCGCACUCUUUCCCUCGCAGCAGCCCAAUCAGUCGGCCCCUGCCGAGCGUCCAGGAACACGGCGGCCUCACCCCAGAUGUGGGCAUGGAUCCCAGCGUUUAUCUCUCCAGCAGCGGCUGGGUCGACCACGACAUGUCCUACGUCGCGUCAACCGGAACCAACCUGUCACCUCACGACAUUUACGACGGCUUCACUGAUGCAUCAGCAUGUCCCUCCAUGAUAUCCGCGCCUUCCGUGUCGGAGCCAUCACAGCCUCUGACGCGUCAGAACAGUACCUUUGACAGCACUGCCAGAGAUGGGACCAUGAUGCGCCUCGUCUCAUCUCAGUCCCAUCUGACCGAGGAGCGUUGCACUCAGGACUCGUUCACUUCGUUCGCGGCCAGCAAGACUCCGGACCCAAGGGCCAAGGCCACCGCUCGGGACCAGGACUUUUUCGGCGUGGGCACCGGCUUCCCUCCGCAGGCACAGACGUACCCCGCUACCACUCCCUUAACCAAGACGACGCUCUUCCCGGCCGCCGACACGACUUCCAUGGAGCGGUCCGUUUCCAACACCAGCAUGGCGAGCACCAGGUCGACGGGCUCGAACUUGGAACGUCGUAGCAAGGAGGCGCUGCAGCGUGUCCGUCAGAACAGCAACCGCAACAUCAUCGCCCCGAAGCCGCAGCAGUCCUCCAGCAACGGCAGGACGUCCGCCAGCUCCGCACCGCCCAAAAAGGAUGGCAAGGUCGCGCUGCAAAAGACGCCGUACCAGCGACCCAAGCACCCCAAGGUCUACUGUGAGCAGUGCAACGAGCACCCCGACGGCUUCCGGGGCGACCACGAGCUGCGACGCCACCUCAAUGCCAAGCACAAGGGGGUCGUCAAGAAAUUUGUCUGCCGUGACCCUGCCACCGUCGGCCUGCAGUCCAGCGUCCAGGUGCUAUAUCCACUCGCCGACUGCAAGGCCUGCAACUCCAAAAAGCAGUAUGGUGCGUACUACAACGCCGCCGCUCACCUGCGGCGCACGCACUUUAAGCCCAAGGCCCCUCGCGGCAAGAACAAGAACGCGUCGGACGAGAAGCGCGGCGGCAAAGGCGGCGGCGACUGGCCAGGCAUGAUGGACCUCAAGAUGUGGUACACUGAGGUGUAUGUCUCCAGCGACGGGUCUGUGAUACCGGAUGACGGUGCGGACGAGGUGGAGGACGAUGCUCUAGACGCCGAGGACGCGUCCAUGAGCGGAUACAGCGGCCUAGACGAAGGCGGCGAGCCGCCCUUCUCGGCAAACUCCGUCUACGGCAUGACCCUCUCCAGCGCAGUGGACGGGCAGUACCAGGACGGUGCCGGCGCCAUGUCCGCCGGCGCCACCGCCGGCAUGCCAUCUGCUACACCCGUGGGGUUCCUCUCAUAUAACUCCCUGUACACAGUCGACAGCGCGACGUCGGACUACGCCACAACUCACUCUCCGUUUGGAUCAGGCGUGUCGCCGACCAUGGCUGUGACGCCGGCGUACUACGACUCGAGUGCACCAGGCAUGGCCGACUACAUGUGGCCGAUGGAUGAUGUUUGA